CUAAUCAAAAUGGCGCUUAUGUCAGUGACAUAUCUAUUGCAAUGCAAUGUUUUAUAAUCAGAUUUCUUUUUAUUAUAGCCUUUUCAAGUAUAAUUAUAGAAUAAAACAGUGAUUAUGUCGACUAAUAAUUUGUCAUCAGUUCUAAAAUCAUGUUCGGAGAGUGAAUUAAUUAACGAAGUGGCGGAUAAUAACAUGACACCAAAACAGGUGGAAGGAUCCCGACUGAAGAGGACCUUUACGUUGCCUCGCAAUCCUUUUGGUACCACUAAACCAGGUUCCAGCAAAAGUAAGAGCAACGAUAGCGACAAUAAGCAAGUGAGUGCCAGCUCCACAAUCGCAGAACCCACGAAGGACGACGGUGUAAUUGAGAGGAAGUUGUUUAGAAGGCCAUCAUGGAAACGAUUUCUGAACAAAAUAGCGCAACAUAUGAGCACCGUUAAUGUGUCCGGGGUAAAAUCAGCUCCAGCAGUCUUGAAUGGUGAGAGAGUUCCGUGCAGCGGUGACCCUCCAUGGCCCCCAGGCUCCACUCCAGCUGCUACAGGCAUCAAAAACCAUGGCAACACUUGUUAUAUGAACGCUGUAUUGCAGUGCCUUUCACAUACUGAUGUUAUUGCAGAAUAUUUUGUGCUAGAUCAUUACAAGGUAGACUUACAAAAGAGGAAUAAAAUUAACUCAAAAAAAUAUGGCACAAGAGGGGAAGUAACGGAACAACUAGCAACUCUCCUCAAAGCUCUCUGGGCUUGCAGAUACACACCUGACAUGAGUACUGCAUUCAAGGGUGCAGUGGAGAGGCAUGGCAUGCAGUACAGAGGGAACAGCCAGCAUGACGCGCAAGAGUUUCUUUUUUGGUUGCUUGAUAAGGUCCAUGAAGAUUUAAACACUGCCACUAAAAAGAAAUAUAAAACCAUUAAGAACACAUGCGGUAAACCUGACGAGGUGGUUGCCGCGGAAACCUUAGCUAAUCACGCUAGAAGAAAUAGUUCAUUUGUCCAGGCAGUAUUUCAAGCUCAAUACCGGUCGGCAUUGACGUGCGCGAAGUGUGAGCGGACAUCGUGUACAUUCGACCCUUUCCAUUGCGUGAGCGUACAGCUACCGCCCAGGCCGGCCGCUGCACAAAUCUCUCCCUUACCUGUUAAUGUUGUAUAUGUGAACCAACAACCCCGCCAAGUCCGCAUCGGCGUUGAGCUGAAACCCAACUCCACAAUGGAAGACCUGCGAACAACCCUACAUACGGACACUGGCAUCGAACGUGACAACAUCAUUUUGGCCGAAAUUAAUGAAACUGGCUGGUGCGUGGCCCGCGCCGGGUGGGAGCCGGCGGGGCUGGACUUCGGCGCGCUGUACUGCAUGGAGGCGCCGCCGCUGCUGCAGACGCCCACCACGCCCUAUCUGCUCAUCCUCUGGGUCAACCUACUAGACGGGGAGCGUUUUGGAUCGCCGUACGCGAUGCAAGUGCCGCGCGAGACGUCGUACGUGGACCUGCAGAAGCUGCUGCUGAAGGAGAUGAGCGCGGUGGUGGCGGAGCUGGUGCUGGAGGGCGCGCAGGCCGCCGACAUCUUCCGCGCGCGCAUCGCCGAGCCGCACCGGCCCCGCGACCCCGCCUACCUGCAGCCCGAGCUUCCCCAUCCUUUGUUCGCUCUGGAUGUAGAGCAGGCGCUAUGCGCGCACGACAAGCACCCGCACCUCCGACUCGAGCUGCUAUGGGACCCAGCGCACAGAGACAGCAUAAUCCGGGACCCACUGGAGGCGUGCGAGGUGCACGUGUCGGCGCACGGCUCGGCGGCGCCGCUCACGCUGCACGCCUGCCUCGCGCACUACACGCGCGCAGAGCAGCUGGCCCAGGAGGACGCUUGGCGAUGCCCCCAGUGCCAGAGGUAUAUGCCGGUCGUUAAAACGCUCGGCCUGUGGUCGCUGCCGGAUAUCUUGGUCAUUCAUCUCAAACGGUUUCGGCAGCAAGCCAAGUGUCGAACGAGUACAAAGUUGACGACAAUGGUGGAGUUUCCCCUGAGCGACCUGGACAUGACGCCGCACCUGGCGCCGCGCGGCGACGGCGCGCACGCGCACGCGCACGCGCACUCGCACUCGGCCGGCCACUCGCGCUCCCCGCGCCGGCGCGCCUCGCGGCCCGGCCCCACCCACAACACCUACGACCUGUACGCCGUCUGCUACCACCACGGCGACGACCUCGAGACCGGCCACUACACCGCCGCCUGCCGCAACCCCUACGACGGCCGCUGGUACAAGUUCGACGACUCGCGCGUCACGCCCGUCGACGACGACAACGCCCCCGGCGAGCUCGUCAACAACACCGCCUACAUGCUCUUCUACAGGCGGAAGAGGCCCGCCGUCGCUCCCGCGCACGCCGCGGACGACGCGGGCCACUGGGCGCUCCGGAUGCCGAAAUACGUGAAACGACCGAGCGAAACUCUCAACGAGAUCGCCGAGGUGAAGGACGAAGUCGCCGAGGACGCUAAGAUCGAAGCUCCCGGCGACGAGCCCGAGUCCGAGUCGGAGAUCACCCCGCCGACGCGCAGCCCCUCGGCGCGGAGCGUCGCCAGCCUGCCCGACGACGGCGUCGCGGAGACCCGCCCGGCCGACCCCGCGCCCGUCGUACAUAACACCGCUAUUAUCCAAUCCCCGACUCUGCAGCGGCCGCUAAUAGUCGAGGUGAACGGCAACCGACCGACCGGCGGCCCGAGCGAGUGCGACAACGAAUCUAGCGCGUCCCUCGAACCGUACAUCCAUAAAGACGUGCACAUAAAUCCGAAGAUGACCCCCGUGGACACUCGGCGGCCGCGCUCCGUGGACUACCCGCCGCGCGGGGCGACCCGCGACGCCAACCGCAACUACGACAGCUCGCCGCUGGUGGCCAGCAUCAACGGCGUGGAGUACCACCCCACCACCGAGGACCUAGUGCUCACCAUGUUCCAGGACUCCAAGUACAUCGUUCCGCGCCACGCCAACAUCGCGGGGGAAUCUCAUAGAACAGGUGAAAAGUCUUCCGUUUGGAAAACUCGAAUAUCCACAUGAGAGCAACAGGUACCAUUGAAGGGUCAAAUGCGGUCCUACCCAUUAUUUAUUUCCUAUUUAACCAUAGAUCUGAUUGUUUUUUGUAGUUGACAGUUAAUUUAUUACGUUUUAUAGAGUUUGCAGUGAGAAUAUGUAACGCGACUAUCAGAAUUUUGAUUAUUUACGAACUACUCUGCAGCAAAGUUUGUACAUUAAAUCUCGUCAUAAAUGGUAUACUCUAUUAGUAGAUUCCGGACUACUUUACAACAGUUCACUAAAUCAAGUUAAGCUCAUAUUUUGCCAAAUAACACAUUUUGCUGCGGAGUGCUUUGUGGUCCAUUUAACGAAACUACAAUUAGACCAGAAAGACCUGUCUAAAACCCUGGUGUUGGUCAAACGACCACUUGUUUUUUUCUAAGUGCGUGAUAAACGCUUUAAUGUUGCCAAUUGAGGCUAGAAAGAUCAUGUAGAUUCGUGAAACGGACCAAUGAACUUUUAUAUUUAAUUUUUGAACAUGGAUUUUUACUAUUUGGAAACUUUAAUUCGUUAAUUGAUUCAUGCCAAAGAUUGGUUACUAAGAGCCGCAUAAUAUUGGACCAGUUUCGUAAAUUAAAUAACGUAAAGCAUUGUUGUGGUGUAGUGUCGUGUAUGGACUGUAGUUAACAGUAUAAUACCGUAGUUAGCGGCCGAUAUUAUCAAAUUUUCAUAACAAAUACCACACUAGUGCCUUGGCCCUUGGGAUGUUGUGAUUUUAAAAAUAUAAAACACCAUAUUUGCUGAUUUACAAUAGGUAUGUACGUAGUAAGAGUUAUAUUUGUAAAACGGUCGUUGUUGCACAAGACGCGUACUAUCCAAGUGAUAUAAUACUGGAAUUGCAGCUGAUUUCGGUUGGGUAAUGGGAAUAUUAUUUGGCUAGCAGCCUCCACCGGGAACGACUUGCAAGGUAUCAUGUGAUUUUAUGAAUAAUUAUAAUUUAUUUACGAAAUAUUGUAUAUAUUGGCUUUUAUACUUUGUUUCUACAGAUCACAAAUUUCUUACUGAGUAAAAAAAUGUAAAUACUGAAAAUAAUAUUUUCAUAUUUGCACAUAGAUUAGAUUAUGUAAGCUGCACUUGAUUGUGAAGGUUUUGUUUAUAAUUUAUGUUGAAAUUGAUUUAUUUAAAAGACAUUGUUAUAAGCGUAAAAGUAUCAGACUAAAUGGCCUAAACGGUACCUGUGAUCAUUUUGUCAGGGAUGCAUCGUGAUUCAUUAAAAAAAAAGAAACAUUAAUGUAUUUUGUCCCAAUACUCUGGAAAGUUACUCUUGCUGUGUAAGGCUGGCUCUCAUUAUUAAAUAUUAUAGUUUUAUUUUAAAUAAUUCGAAGAUAGACGACCAGUGUCAUAAACAUAUGCAUAUUUAAGGUUGGUUAUACAAUAGCAGCUAUUGACAUUAGGAAUUGUUUGAUCAGAUCUGCAUUAUAAUAAAUUACAAGGUAAAUAUAUAAACAUCACAUACAUACAUAAAACUUGAAGAUGCUUUAAUUCUCAAUCCAUGCGAUGGUCGUACAAUCUCCGAAUGUGUAUUGUGUUAUUUGUUUUAAUUUGAAAAUGUUUAUUUUACUUUCACAACGUUAUUUAAAAUAUAAGUGUUAUGUACCUACACGAA